CAACACCAUCGUGUAGGAUACCCUCCUCCGCCUGGUGCACCGCCAGGCCAAGGAGUUCCUGGUUUCCCUACUCCUCCUCCAGGAUUUGGUGGUGGGUUUGGGGGUGGCGGUUUCAACCCUCCACCAGGCCCUCCUCCCAACCAGUAUGGUGCGCCGCCAGGUCCGCCUCCCAACCAAUAUGGCGCCCCGCCUGGUCCACCUCCCGGUCAGCGCGGGUACGCUCCGUCCUAUGCACCGCCUCCGAGUGGUACACCAAGUGGGUUUCCUGGCAGUGGUUAUGGUAGUCCUGGUCCAGGUGGUCCGGGCGGAGGAUACGGAGGGUAUGGACCUGGACCGGGAUCCUUCGGACCUCCACCAGGCCCUCCAAUGCGUCCUUCACCGGGAGCGCCACCAGGAGCGCCACCACCUAACUAUAAUUCAUAUCCAAGCUCUAGCGGUCCGCCACAUGCUCCACAUGCUCCUCCGGUUGGGGUCCAGAACUACGGUCCACCCUCGGACAAUCGCGCCGCGCAACCGUAUUUUGAGUAUUCCCAGUGUACGGGAAGGAAGAAAGCUCUUUGCAUCGGUAUUAACUAUUUCGGCCAAAGUGGAGAGCUAAGAGGGUGCAUCAACGAUGCGCACAACGUCCGGCGUUUCUUGUUGGGUCAUGGGUACAAAGAAGAUGAUGUCGUCAUGCUCACGGACGAUGCACGGAACCCGCGUCAAGUUCCUACAAAGCAGAACAUCAUCGAUGCGAUGCAGUGGCUCGUCCGUGACGCGAACCCGAAUGAUUCACUUUUCUUCCAUUAUUCUGGACAUGGCGGUCAGACGAAAGAUUUAGAUGGUGAUGAGGCGGAUGGUUAUGACGAAGUUAUUUACCCUGUUGAUUAUGAGGUUAAUGGCCAUAUUGUUGAUGAUGAAUUGCAUUAUAUUAUGGUGCGACCACUUCCGGCGGGUUGCCGUUUAACUUCGAUUUUCGACUCUUGCCAUUCGGGUUCGGUAUUAGAUCUGCCAUACAUCUACUCUACCGAAGGCAAGAUUAAAGAACCAAACGUCGCUGCCGAAAUGGGCCAAGGUCUCAUGGGCGUAGCGAAAUCGUACGCUCAAAACGACAUUGGUGGCAUGAUGAAAGGUGCCAUGGGCUUGUUCAAGUCCGCAACGGGUGGUACACAGAAGGCAGAGGAAUAUUCGCGGAGGACUAGGACGAGUCCUGCUGAUGUCAUUUCUUGGAGUGGUUGUAAGGACUCGCAGACUAGUGCGGAUACUGUUGAAGCUGGACAAGCGACGGGUGCGAUGAGCUACGCGUUUAUCUCUUGCCUUGAUCAACAGCCUCAGCAGACAUAUCAGGAACUGCUGAACAACGUCCGGAAUAUUUUAAGGAGCAAAUACAGUCAGAAACCUCAGCUGUCGAGCUCUCAUCCUAUGGAUACGAGUAUCUACUUCAUCUUUUGAUGGCGUUGAUACUGUAUGCUAUGUUUGUAUAUUCUAUAAAAAUCAGAAUGAUCUACUUUCAUGUACUGGACUUUGUACAUUGUAAAGCCUCUUCGGUCAAAUGAAUUUCAAUGUGUUCUUUUGAAUGCGCAAAUAUUUGCCCAUUUC